AAAAAAACAAAAAUAAUAAUUAAACAAAAAUAAUAAUUAAACCACAAGAAUUUUGUAAAAAUGAGUAAAAACAUCGUCGUAUUAUGUGACGGAACUUGGAAUAGUACAGAUUCCAGAACAAACAUUUACGUGUUAUAUAGAGAAUUAAUAGAGAAAGACUACAAACAACAUGUCAAGUAUUUAGACGGAAUUGGAGUUGGAGAAACGGCCUUGGGCUUUGUCAUCGAUGGUGCUAUAGCUCUAAGCCUUGAUACUAAAAUUAAAGAAGGUUAUAAAUAUAUUGUUGAACACUAUAAUCCUGGUGACGAUAUAUGGCUUUUUGGUUUUAGUCGUGGUGCUUAUACCGCGAGAUGUAUUGCUGGAAUGAUCCGAAAUUGUGGAUUAAUAAAAGUUGAUGAAGCUGAACAAGUUGAUAAACGUGUUGAUCUUGCUUACGAUAUCUAUCGUAAUAGAGAUACAAUUUACCACCCGGAAGGAAGUGGCACUGACGACUUUAAAAAAGCGUUCAGCUAUCCCGAUUCUGAAAAGCCAGUUAUUAAAUUUCUUGGACUUUGGGAUACUGUUGGUGCUUAUGGCUUACCCGGUUAUGUAAUUGGCGAAGGUUUUAAAUAUUUAGAAUUUUACGAUCUAGUUGUACCUAAUGUAGUUAAUUUUGCGUGUCAAGCUUUGGCUAUUCACGAAAGAACUUCUUUUUUCGAACCUUGCCAUAUAUAUCCAAAUAAUUCCGGUACCGUAACUGUCAAAGAGACUUGGUUCCCUGGUGUACAUAAUGAAAUAGGUGGUGGAACUUUUUUAUCAUUAGGAGGAAAUGAAAGAAUCCCUAAGGCAACUAUGUUAUGGAUGAUUGAACAUAUUGUACAAAUUGGAGGUUUGUUAAUGCGAAAUGAUCUUGAUGGUUAUCGUACUCAAUUCUCUCCAGAUUCCGGACCUUCUUGGAACCUUAAAAAUUUAAUAUUCGAUAACGGCAAUACUCUUAUCCCAAUGCUCAUGCUUAAAGACAGGUCUAUUCCUCUAGAAUUAGAUUCUAGUAAAAAAUUUUUAAGAAAAGAUUUACUUUAUAGAGACAGUGACUGGUUACUUCCAUUUGGUACUAGGUCCCAUCUGAAUACUUAUUAUCCUUCGAAUACGUAUGAAGAAUUGCGUAAUUAUAUGGAAACGAAGGGAAUUAUGCUAUACAAUAAUACAAAAUACAAUAAGGAUGUAGGAGAACAUAUAUUUGAGAGGGCUCGUUUAUAAUAGAAUAUAUAGUACAAUUAUUUAGGAUUAUUAUAAAAUAAAUAUUCAACUUAAUUUUAUUAGCUUAGUAUUAAUUAUAAAAAUUUAUAAAAUAUAAAUUUAUGUUUCUUUUAAAUAAAUAUAUUUUUUUUUACCUACAGUAUGAUAU